AUAAGUUAUGCGUUGUUGCAUGGUUCAUACCAAUUUCUCAUUAAAGUGCAAUUUCGAACGUUCAACAUAAUAAAAUACUAGUUUUUAACUGCACUCGUCACGCAAAGUUAACAGGAGUUUUCCUGAAGAAGCUACUAAUAAUCCUGGUGAUUUAUUCUUAAAUGGAAAUCUUCAGACUUGGAGAGGUUGCACCUCCUAAAGAUGAUGAUUUUCAUCGCUUUAAGAUCUUCGUUAAAGACGAAAUAAACUGGAAACGCCGACAUAAAAAGAAGAAUGUAGAAGUUUUUACACGCUCAACCCCACAUACCAAUAUGAAAAUGAUCAAAGUUGUAGCCAUAUUUCCAGACGUAUCGUCGCAUGUGAUAUAUGACAUGUUGCAUGACAAUGACUAUCGAUCGUCAUGGGACAAUACUAUGAAGGAGUCGACUGAAAUUUGCCGUAUUACAUGGAACUGUUCUAUCGAACAUUUCGGAUUCAGAGCACCAUUUGCGUUUGCUAACCGCGACUUUGUUAUGCUGCGCGCGUGGCAACAAUAUGAAAAUGAAUACAUUAUAUUCAAUCGAUCAGUAUUCCACAAGAAAGUGCCUCCACGAUCAGAUUAUGUGCGGGCCCUGACAUUCAUUACUGGUUAUGUUAUUACUGCCCUUAGUCCUGUAUCAUGCCAAUUAAUGUAUUUAACGCAGAACGAUCCGAGAGGUGAUAUUCCAUCAUGGGCAAUAAACCUAGCAACCACAAAGGUGGCUCCACGUCUUGUAAAGUCACUUCAACGAGCUGCUCUAUGCUACCCAGGUUGGAAAGCUCAAAACCGACCAGAAUUUAAACCAUGGCGAAAUCCUGAACAACAAGACAAAUCAGUACCUCCACUGUGUUAUAGUGAUAUUUUGAGGGAACCCGACUUUUCUCUGAAGAAGGUUCAUGAAAAACAUGUGAGCAAAGAAAAAGCCCUGAAGGAAGUUGGUUUACCGCUUGACACAAGGUUGGAUGAAGAUAGCUCCUAGUUAUUUAAUUUUUAUUAUGUUCUACUUGUUUAUUUUCAAACCAUGUUAUAAACUUUCAUAUGUAUUGGUUAGAUCAGGUUUAUUGAUCAAUUAAUUGAUUAUCUUAAAUGAUUAACUGUCUAUUAUCCUUGUAUUGGUGUUCCGUUAUGAUAUUCCCAAAUUCCAUGUAGUUCAAUAUUCUAAGGGCAC